AUGUCCCCCGCAGCCUCUGCCCGGAAUGGCGCCAGCAUCUCAAGCGCCGAUGUCAUGCACCUCGAACACGAACACUCUGCCCACAACUACCACCCUCUCCCAGUCUGCUUUGAGAAGGGUGAAGGAGCUCACGUUUGGGACCCCGAGGGCAACGAGUACCUCGACUUUCUCUCUGCUUACUCCGCUGUCAACCAAGGCCACUGUCACCCCGAGAUUUUGAAAUCUCUCGUCGAGCAAGCGUCAAAGCUUACCCUUUCCUCUCGAGCCUUCUACUCGUCCAACCUCGGUCCCUUUGCCAAGAAGAUCACCUCCAUGUUCGGAUACGACAUGGUUCUUCCCAUGAACACUGGUGCUGAAGCCGUUGAGACUGCUAUCAAGCUUGCCAGGAAAUGGGGUUACGAGAAGAAGAAGAUUCCCGAUGGCAAGGCCAAGGUACUUUCUGUCGAGGGCAACUUCCACGGAAGGACCAUUGGUAUCAUCUCCAUGUCUACUGACCCCGAAUCAAGGAAUGGCUUCGGCCCGUUCUUGGAUAACGUGGGGCCUCAGUGGGACACUGGAUUGAUCAGGUACAACCACCCUGAGGACCUGGAGAAGGUGCUCGAAAAGCACGGAGAGGAGGUCGCUGCGUUCUUGGUUGAGCCCAUCCAGGGUGAAGCUGGUAUCUACGUGCCCGACGAUGGUUACCUGGCCAAAUGUGCCGAAAUCUGCAAAAAGCACAACGUACUCUUGAUUUGUGACGAGAUUCAGACUGGCCUUUGUCGAACCGGCAAGAUGCUCUGCUACGAGUGGGAUAACAUCCGACCCGACAUGGUCAUCCUCGGCAAGGCUCUCUCCGGUGGCAUGUACCCCGUCUCCUGCGUGCUGGCAGACAAGGAUAUCAUGCUCUGCAUCAAGCCAGGAGAGCACGGCUCCACUUACGGCGGUAACCCCCUUGGUUGCGCCGUCGCCAUGACCGCCCUCGACGUCCUCGUCAACGAAGACCUCGCCAACCGCUCUCAAAAGCUUGGUGAAAUCUUCCGAUCCGAGCUUACCAAGCUCAACUCGCCGUUCAUCAAGCUCAUCAGAGGUAGAGGUCUGUUCAACGGUGUAGUGAUCGAUGAGACUGCGAGCAAGAAGGGCAGGACUGCUUGGCAGCUUUGUUUGUUGAUGAAGAGCAAGGGUCUGCUGGCCAAGCCUACGCAUGUCAACAUUAUUCGAUUCGCUCCCCCACUCGUCAUUAGCGAGGAAGACAUCCGCAAGGCCGUCAAGAUCAUCGGCGAGUCGCUUGCUGAGCUUGACACCCUUGAGAAGAUUCCUGGAGAUGAAGGAGAAGAGCACGAUGCUGUUAUCGAGCUUGAGGACUAG